AUCUGGAGCGCUAAAAGAAGAAUACAUGCGACUGCAACAAGAAAUGCAAAAAGCUCAGGAAGAGAUAAAUUUUGCUUAUCAAAAGAAGAAAGGUAUAAAUGCUGAGAAAAAGGAAGCUCGGUUAGAGAAAGAAGAAGCCGAUAAAUAUGCUAGACUAAAGGAUGAUUUGAAUGACAAGUUAGUUGAACACCAACUAUUUAGACUAUUUCACAACGAGAGGGAAAUGAAUAAUCUUGAGCACGACUUAAGUUCUAAACAAAAAGAAGUUGAAAAAAUAGAGAAAAAGAAGGAGAGACUCGAAGAUACGCUUAAGGAAAAGAAAAAAGUUCAUGGGAAAUAUAACAGAGAUUUGGCUAAAACAGAGCAGGAUAUUCGCGAAGUUGAAGUAGAGAUUUCUAAGAAGAAGCCCCAAUUCAUUAAAGCCAAAGAAAGGGUUACCCAUAUGCAAAAGAAAUUAGAUGGUGCUAUAAAAACGUUGGAGCAAGCAAGAAAGGCUCACGAGGCUCAUAUGAACGACAUUAAAAAAUUGGAAGAUGAACUUGCGGAGGUAGAAGCUGCCAAAGAAGAAUACGAAGCUCACAUAGCCGGGGAGUCACAGAGCCAAGGGAGAGACGUUCAUUUAGAAGAUGCACAGGUAAGAGAAUACCACCGUUUGAAGGAAGAGGCAGCGAAAAGAUCGGCGAGGUACAUGCAAGAAUUGGACUCGGUAAAUAGAGAGCAAAAAGCCGAUCAGGAUCGUUUGGAUAAUGUGUCUAGAAUGAGAACCGACGCGGAAAACAAACACAGACAGAAGCUGCACGAGAAAGAGGAAAUGGAGAAGAGAAUCGAAAAGUUGGCUGAACAUAUAAGAUCAAGCGAGCAAGCUCUACAGGAUCAGAGGCAGUUGAGGCAAGAUUUGCAAUCCGAUGUCGGUUCCUCAAAGGAUAGGGUGCACGAGAUACAGAAGCAAUUGGACGAUGUCGUAGAACAACUCGGUGAUGCAAGAACUGAUAAACAUGAAGAUGCAAGACGUAAAAAGAAACAGGAGAUUGUCGAGAGAUUCAAAAGUAACUAUCCUGGAGUG